GUUUAUUUAUUGGAGGCUUGUACUGUUCCCGGUGCCGACCAGCAGCAGUGAGGAUUUUUCCUCCACAAUCUAAAAGCUCGUAACUAUUGCCACGCAAACACACAAUGGCCGACCAAGGUCAAACGCCACCGAUCACAUCGGCUCCAAAGCGUAGCACUGAUCAUCCCGCCACAAUCGGCAUGCCCACCUUUCAGCACAUGCACGGCGGUUCGGAAUCGUGCAAAAACUCGCCCAAUGUACCCCGGCGACACGAUCCCGCGCACCAUCUACCACACCAUGGUGCCGCCCUGCUGCUACACGAAAGCGGCUCACAGAGCGCCAAAUCGUCUCCGCUUCCGAAUCGCCGGCUGGACAAACUGCAGGGCGUCAUCCGUGAUCAACGAUCGACACCGAUUGCUGGACGGCGUGCGGCCGACGGAAGCGAGAUGGAAGCAUUCGAAUCGCCGCUCGUCUCACGACGCUUUCUUCAGCAGCAGCAGCAACCGUGCGAGUGUGUUGGUGGAGUCACAGCACCACCGGCCAAGCGUCGGGCUGCGUCCGAGUGUAUGUGCAGCACGGGUGUAGCCACCGGUGGUGAGCCACAGUUGAUGCGUAAGCGUGUCGAUUCGGACUGUGGCAGUGCGGGUAGUUGUUUGCGAAAAAACGUGGUGCGUCACAAUUUCGGACUUGCCAGCGGGGCUGGCGUUGGUGGUGGUUUAAGUUCGUGUGAAAAUUCGCCACUUCCGGUGCGUCGUCCGUUUGCUGGGGGUGUUGGUAGUGUUGUCGGUGGUCCAGUGUUUCCCGCGUCGCCAGCAAAAAGUGUACUCGGUGAGCCGGGAGUGUUUUCGUCACCUAUUCAUCGUCCGUACGCCCACCAUCAUGCGGCUGCCGGAGGGUUUCAUGGGCCGGGCAGUGCUAGCCCGGCUAAAAGUGUUAUGGGUGAGCCGGGAGUGUUUUCGUCCCCGGCACGCAGUGUUAUUUGUAGUCCACCCGGUGCGGAUCCAAGAGGUGGUAGUGUGUGUGGUGGGGAUGGGAUGGAAGAUAUGGAUCUCGGUAGUGGUAAUAGUGCCGGUGAUGUGUUGGCAGGUGAUCAGACAAUCGUGUCCGGCUGGCUGAAGUUUCGUGACAACAAAAAGUGGAAAAUUCGAUGGGGAGUCGUAACGAAGCUAUCGCCAGCUGCAGAUUGCCUUCAUCUGCAGCUGUACCGAGACUCGAAGGAUCGCUACAAAAACGGCCAAACAAAGGCAUCGCUCUCGCUGCAGCACUUUCUCGGCGUGGAGUCGGGCUUCACGCUGGACAAGGAGUCCAACACGAUAGCAAUCAUCUGCCAGGAUGUGAUCGUCGUCCUGGCAUUCGAUACCCGCGAAAGACUGAUACAAUGGCAGGUGAAAAUAUCCAACAACCUCGGGGACGAUCUACAGUACCUGGUUCUGGUUUCAUCGGCACCACCAAAAGCGAAACUAUCCACCGGACCCGCCCGUAUGCACAUCCAGGACCAUCGGUUCUGUCUCACAACGGGCGUUCCACCACGGUUGACAGGGUUAUGGCAAAUCGAGCAUUUAAGACGAUACGGUGUGGUGGACAAUCGGUUUUGCUUCGAAGGUGGCUCAAGCUGUGGGAAAGGGGAAGGACUGUACGUUUUUGUGACGGAUUUGGGCGAAGAGAUAACGCACACCUUCAAGCUAGCUUCACAGGGCAAGCUUGCCAAUAAAAAGCGGGCGACUGCGAAGAAAAUUGCAGCACUCGACAGUCCACGCAAGGGUGCGGAAUCACGCUCAACAAACUACAACGACGAAAUCUGUACCGUGCAUAUCGAAAACUCGAACUGCACCUGCCGGAACUCGUACUGGCCGUCGACAGAAUCGCGCGAUCUGGACAGUAACUAUGGUUGUGGUGAUACGGCUUCCGUUUCCGAGUGUCAUGAUAGCAUCAACGAUUUGGAUUCGUUCCCAAGGAACACGGUGGCGAAUCUGGAACGUUGCAUGAGCUGCAUUUCAAAGCUUGGAGCACCUUCAAUGUCACGCAGUUCCACCGUCACUGGAACACCUGGCGCCGUUGCGCCGCUUCCAGCAUGGCACAUGCUAACCGAACACAACAAUCACAUCAACCAAACGCAUAAGCUUCCACCACCACAGCUAGCCCUCGAUCGGAUGUCUCUUUGCUCACAUGGUAGCAGCAAUAACUCCGAGUACUCGAUCCCCAGACAGGCGUGUGGUGCGGGUGAAUCGAGCUGGUACGAAAAGGCUCCCAGCCAAGCGACCGUUUCCAUCUGCAGCCAUCACAAUCGUUCGACGUCUCCGUGCAGUUGCAGCUGUCCCUCGGUGCCCUGUCGUCCACCGAAACCGAGGGACAUUUCACUACACAUCACGGCACCCAUCCAUACAGCCAUCAGUAUGUCCACCGGUAAGACCCCGCAGCAACACAGUGUCGGUCCUUACGAGAACUAUGACAUACCGAAAACCCCAAUCGCCAUCGACGGGUCAUCCUCGACGGGAUGCACACCGGGCGAGAAUUACGAUACGCCGAAAAAAAUACAAGAGUACCUGGCAAAGGAGGGCAAAGACCUGAUGGAUGGUAGUGGUAGCGGUGGCUACGGCAACUACGACAUGCCAAUGUCCCUUACGAAAGCAGUGUGCAGCUGUCUAUCGAGCGGGGGUGAAGCUCCGAUACAACCUCCCAUUAAAGGACCGGAACGGGUAGACUGCACCUGUCAUCGAGUGAUGUCUUGGGCAGACAAUUGGAUCUCUUUGCCGCUGUGUAAGCGUGGCAAUGGUAUCGAAAAUACAACCGUACAGGUGAACAAGGUGAAGCUGAGCGGUGAGGGUAAGAUGCCUGUGAUGGAUGCGAGUGGGGCUGGUGAUGGAAGCGGAGCGAUCUACGCUACCGUUGAUAUGACGAAAAAGAUUCGGAAGAAGUUGGAACAGGCGUGCGCAUGUGAUGAGCCGCUUGUAACGCAACCGCAGGCUAGCGGACCAAAGCAACUUCCAGCUAGCUGUUACGAUAACUACGAAGAUGUGGAGAUCAAACCGGAAGCUGGAGCAAACUAUGCGAACCUUGAGUUUGAACGAUCGCUUGAGAACUAUGAAAAUUCCAAGGAGGUAUUACAGCGAGCAGGGCUGUGCCUAGCCGGGGCUCCGAGUGAUGAAGAAGAACCUCGCGUUUGUCACAAGUGUGGUCAUCCGAGUGCGAAAACACCGGACGCCGAUGAGGACUGCCGACCCGAUGGAGGCGAACAGGCAUCGGCAGACGACAAGCAGGAGAACUACAUGAUGAUGGAACCGGGCAAUAAGAAAUCAAAGUUCCCCGGAUAUAUUCCUAUGUCACCAGCCGCUCCAUCAAGCGUCGGUGGAGUUCCCGAAUCGACCGAUGGAACCGUAUCGCCGACAGCACCACCACUUCCCUCCAAGUCAGACCUUUUGAAGCAACGCAUGAGUCGCAUCAUUGGAGAGAAAUCGGCAAGCAACCCGAGUCUUUGCGGACCGGCGGUGGAUCGCAGUCGGAAGCGGAUAGAUGAUGAAUCACGCGUCCCGGGUAGUGCAAUGCUGCGCGCUACGCUCACAAGUCCUUACGCCCGCAAACAGCUCAUGGACAGCAGUGAUCUGCUUCCGACGUGUGCUGCAGAAAAACGACUCUCGCCACGGAAACGAUCAGCGUCCGCCGAAUCAUCCCGGUUCUUGGACGCGGAAGGUGAAGAAAUCGAAAGUCCACUCAGUGGGACGGCUUCUCCAAGUACUGAAACACUGCUACGAAAGACACCAACCCCAGGCUCAACAACGGCUCUGCGACGAUCUUCAUCUCCCUGCGUGCAUCAGGAGAUGGAGUCAAGUGAGAAGACGGCAGCUGUGGCUGAAGCUGAAGAUGAUUUAUCCGCAUCGACGAAUCCUGCCUCGAGUCAAACCUCUCAAUCUGUUUACAUCCGGCGCUCGGAAAGUGUACCCUGUAAGGCGCAGAACAGGGAUAGCUCAAGUUCGAACGAUUCGGGUGUAUCCACUGGAUCGCUACGGCAACGUGGUACCGAUUUUACCGACUUUGAACUUCCGCUUACCACCGCCAUGUCGGCGAGACGUCAUCAGCGACAUGUACUACCGACACAGAACUGUGUCCAUGCGUCCUUACCACGUCGUUCCAAAUCGUUCGAUCCACUGCGGGAGCUAUCCUUCCAGUUCCAAAAGAUACGCGUCCCGGAAAAAAGCACCUCGGCCGAGGCAGAAGUGCCCGUGUGUCCACCGAAGGCGAAGGAUGUGAUGGCAGGUGCACCCGGGGCACCUUACAUCGAUUCGCGCAGCACCAGCAGCGGUACAUCCGAUAUGUCCGACUACAUCGAGACACUUUCCCUCUCUAGUCACAGUUCCUCCGAUACGCCUGAAGGCAUGAGACACAUCCGGCAAGCAACUUCAACGCUGAGGCCACGGUCCGGCAAAGAGUAUCAAAAUAUCGAUCGCUCGAUACUGUCGCUCACGCAGGCGAGUGCGGACGCAAUCAAGGUGCCAGGUACACCUUCCCAGCUGCGUGGACUGCUCUCGUGUUCGGCCAACUAUGCAAACAUCACGCCCGUGCCGGAGAAUGCCGAAUCGCCUAGCCCCGGCUAUCAGAGUGGCACGUCGCCGCAGGACGCACAGGGUCAGCAUUUUAUGUUUAAGAACUCGUCGUAAAACCAAAA